CCCCCUUGGACUUUGAACAUUAACAGUGCGCUCAGGAGACGCUUGAUCAACCGCCACCUCGAUUACCCAGCUGUCCCUCGGUUUCAACCUGAACAGCAUCUCACAAAAUCCACAGCACAUCGUUAACAUGGACCGGGAGCUCGGCUGCUGCCUCGUGACGCUAAUGGCGGGAUGGGUGUGCAUGGCCCAGGCUACCCCGCUAACUUACCCCCCGGGCCGGGGCGGGUACAAGGCGGCAGUGUAUGAGCACGCGGUCCACAUACCCUGGGGCUGUCUGCAGGUGCCCGUGUCGAGGGGAGAGGCUGUGAGACAGAUGAUGAAGAAUAUACAGGUCUACAAGACGCAGGCUGCUGCAGCUUCUAGAGAGGGUGCUGAUAUCAUAGUAUUUCCUGAAGAUGGGAUAUAUGGAAUGAUAUUCAACCGAAACACCAUCAAGCCAUUCUUGGAAGAAAUCCCCGAUCCCCGUAUCACCGAGUGGAAUCCCUGCUUGACUUCCGGUAGCGACACCGACACCACGAUACAACGGGAACUCAGCUGUAUGGCGAGGGAAAAUGCCAUGUAUGUUAUAGCAAACAUGGGUGACAGAAAACCAUGUCACCAUAGCAACGACCCAAAGUGCCCAGACGACGACCAGUAUCAGUACAACACCGAUGUGGCCUUUAACCCGGAAGGAGUUCUGGUCGCCAGGUAUCACAAGCGCCAUCUCUUCCAGGAAGAUCAGUUUGAUACGCCGCCAUUAGAACUGGCCACGUUUGAGACACCGUUCGGAAAGUUCGGUUUAUUCACUUGUUUCGAUAUCCUGUUCUACAACCCUGGCGUCGAGUUGAUCCAGAAGGAGGGGAUACGGAACAUGGUCUUCCCGACGGCGUGGAUGGACCGACUUCCGUAUCUCGCAGCCAUUGAGUUUCAUUCCGCCUUCGCCAAGGGCCUUGGGGUCAACGUGCUCGCGGCCAAUAUACACUACCCAGUGUUUAAAUUCCAGGGCAGCGGCAUCUACACCCCGACGGGGUCGGCGACAUACUACUACAACGACGGUGUCCUGAGUGGGGGAAGGUUGUUGUUAGCCGAUGUAGAUUCUGUUGAGGAGACUGGUAUCCAAGAUCCGAUUGUGUAUUCGCAGAUGAAAAUGGAAAACUGGCGUGUCAUUAAUAUGAAGGAAAAUAAGAAAGUGUCUUCAUCUUUGGUAGCUGAAGAACGUUCACCUGACAAGACUGACUCGUUUAUUGACAUGUUAAAGCUCUCCAGGUUGACUUCCCUUCCACGAGAAAACUACACGUUUGUUCCCCUAGAGCACCACACUGGGACGCAACGUGCUUGUAGAGAGGAUGUGUGUUGCACGGUGGUCUACACCAGGGAGAACCUCUCCGCCCUUGAGGAUUUGUUUGUUCUGGCAGUAUUUAAUGGUUUUGAUGACGGGCGUUUUACUCAGACCUGUUCCGUAUUGAUGUGCCCGGAUAAUGAUAUGUCCAGUUGCGGGGACCCUGUGAAACAAUCACGCUCAAUGUUUAGCUUCAUGGAAAUUAGUGGUAAUUUAUCAAGUCCGUAUAUUUUCCCAGAAGUGCUUGUUUCUGAUGGACAAUAUAUUGGUCUUGUGCAAGGAGAGUGGACUUUUAAAGACGGGGUUCUUCAUGGAGGAAAUGGAUUUUCCAAACCGCUUAUCACAGCCUCGUUGUUCGGUCGCCUGUAUUCUAGAGACAAAGUCACCCUGACGUAGAUCCUUGUGAAGAGUGAGUGAGUGAGUGAAUGAUUGAGUGAGUGUGGAUUUUUACGCUGCUUUAGGCAACAUUGAAGCUGCAUCAAGGCGAGGGACAUAUGGGGAUUCAUACAUGAGGCUUUGCCGUAACGAUCGAAUGCUGUAACCACUAGGGCACCCUACCACCCAUCUUCCCGAGGCAAGAGUGUUAACUGACUUUUCAAAAGUCUAGUUUCCACCCUUGCCGAACUAGGCUGGAAUUCCUGGGCUCGAUCGUAGC